AAUGUCCUACUGAGUCUUAGGUCCUGCUGAGCCACAAGAAGGAAGCCCUGAGGAGACAGUAGAUUGCUGGAUAAAUCACAUCAAUUUCCCAAUGGAUUUUAUAUUGUUUAUCUUUUUAUUUGGGGUUUUCAUCCCAAACAUUAGCAAUCUACAGUCCAAUGUGGAACGGAACCCUGAGGUGAUGCCUUCAGAUGAAGAACAGUAUUAUUCAGAUGAUGAAAAUCUGGCUAAUAGUGCUCCUCCUGUGCAUGAAAAUAUAGAUGAUACUCAUGUUAUACAUAAAUCAGAAGAAAAUGAAGAAGAUACUCCUGCUAAUGAGAAAACUGGCAAUUACUAUAAAGACAUAAAACAAUAUGUGUUCACCACACAUAAUCCAAAUGGCACAGACUCUGAAAUCUCUGUGAGUGCCACAACUGACCUGAAGUUUGUGCUGAAGAACUAUAAACUCGUCAGUGCAACUACAGCUAAAACAUCUGCCGGCGAAGAAGCGAAACCUUAUGAACCCUUGCGUAAAAAUAUUCCAACAUCAACCCCCAAUGUGCCUGCAUUUUGGACAAUGUUAGCAAAAGCUAUAAGUGGAUCAGCAGGGAACAUGGGUGAUAAAGAUCAAUUCUUUCAACCAAUUCCAGGCUCUGAUUUGAACAAUACCAACGAAGACAAAAUGUUAGAGUUAGAGGAAAUCAAGCUCAAAUUAAUGCUGGGAAUCUCACUGAUGACCCUUAUCCUCUUAAUUCCCCUCCUGAUAUUUUGUUUUGCCACACUGUGCAAACUGAAACACCUAAGGGACAAAAGUUAUAACAAUCAAUACACUGUGAACCCGGAGCUAGCCAAUCUGUCUUACUUCCACCCCUCAGAAGGGGUAUCUGACACAUCUUUUUCAAAAAGUGGAGAGAGCAGCUUAUAUUGGGGCAACACUUCUUCAGACUUGAGACAAUCCAGCUCAAAAAAAUCAAAAUCUAAAUCUAUGGAUUUUUCUACGGACCCGAAUCAAAUAGCCUUAGGUGGAAGGCCAACAUCAAACUUCCUUCCGCCCGAGCAGUCAGCCUUCCUUCCUUCUGAGGAGCCAUACUUCCUUCCUCCUGAGCAGCUGGGUGAGCAGCCAGGUGAGAAUGCCUUUGUUGAGGCAAUGGAUGCGGAGCCCAUGGUGGAUAGGAUACCUACUGAUGAGGAACAAAUGAUCUCUGAGUAAAUAACUUUAAUUCUUUGGUCAUUUAAAAAAAAUAUCUUUUUGUCUCACAUAAACUUCCUAAUUUUGAAACUGCAAGUUUCAGAGAAAUCUAAGUUUUCUGAUGUCCUAAGGGCAUAUUCAAUAAAAACUAUCACAGUUGUUA